AUGCCCGAAAAAGUGCUUAAUUUAUUCGACGAAAUGACAAUUGAAGCUAACAAGUACACUCUUGCUGUUUUAUUUAAUGUCUGUGCUGAACUUGCCAACGAUCGAGCAAUAAAACUAGGGAAAAAGCUUCUUGAUAAAAUGCCUGAAAAUCUUCGAAAUGAUAAUAUUGUAUUAACUUCAGCAAUACAUAUGUUAAUGAAAUUUGGUGAUAUUCAAAAUGCUGAAAAUCUUUUUCAAUCAAUUAAAAAAAAAGAUAUUAUUACUUAUGGUGUUUUGAUGAAAGGAUAUGUUGCAAACCAAAUGUCAGAAAAGGCUCUGGAUUUCUUUGAACAAAUCAAUUUCGAAUUAGAUAAAAUUACUUACAUUAUUGUUUUUAAUGCCUGUGCUGAACUUGCUAAUAAUCGAGCAAUUAAAAUAGGAAAAACACUUUUGAAUAAAAUUCCUCAAUAUUUUCGAAAUGAUAAUAUUGUAUUAACUUCGGCAACACAUAUGCUAAUGAAAUUUGGUGAUAUUCAAAGUGCUCAAAAGCUUUUUCAAUCAAUUCAAAAAAAAGAUAUUAUUAGUUAUGGUGCUUUGAUGAAAGGAUAUGUCGAAAAUCAAAUGUUUGAAAAAGCUUUAGAUUUGAUUGAACAAAUUAAAUUAAAUUUAAAUAAUGUUGUUUAUACAAUUGCUUUUAAUGCCUGUGCUGAACUUGCUAAUGAUCGAGCAAUGAAAAUAGGGAAAAAACUUCUUGAUGAAUUGCCUCAAAAUCUUCGAAAUGAUAAUGUUAUAUUAACUUCAGCAAUGCAUAUGUUAAUAAAAUUUGGUGAUAUUCAAAAUGCUGAAAAUCUUUUUCAAUCAAUUGAGAAUAAAAAUAUUAUUACUUAUGGUACUAUGAUGAAAGGAUAUGUUGAGAAUCAAAUGUCAGAAAAAGCUUUGGAUUUAUUUGAACAAAUUGAAUUAGAUUUAAAUAAUUUUGCUUAUACUAUUGUUUUUAAUGCCUGUGCUGGUCUUGCUAAUGAUCGAGCAAUUAAAAUAGGAAAAACACUUUUGAAUAAAAUUCCUCAAAAUUUUCAAAAUGAUAAUGUUAUAUGGAAUUCAGUAAUACAUAUGUUAAUGAAGUUUGGUGAUAUUCAAAGUGCCGAAAAUGUUUUUCAAUCAAUUCAAAGAAAAGAUAUUAUUACUUAUGGUGCUUUGAUGAAAGGAUAUGUCGAGAAUCAAAUGUCUGAAAAAGCUUUAGAUUUAUUUGAACAAAUUGAAUUAAAUUUAAAUAAUGUUGCUUAUACUAUUGUUUUUAAAGCCUGUGCUGAACUUGCUAAUGAUCGAGCAAUGAAAAUAGGAAAAACACUUUUGAAUAAAAUUCCUCAAAAUUUUCGAAAUGAUAAUAUUGUAUUAACUUCAGCAAUGCAUAUGUUAAUGAAAUUUGGUGAUAUUAAAAAUGCUGAAAAUGUUUUUCAAUCAAUUCAAAAAAAAGAUAUUAUUACUUAUGGUGCUUUGAUGAAAGGAUAUGUUGAGAAUCAAAUGUCAGAAAAGGCUUUGGAUUUAUUUGAACAAAUCAAUCUCGAAUUAGAUAAAGUUACUUACACUAUUGUUUUUAAUGCCUGUGCUGAACUUGCUAAUAAUCGAGCAAUUAAAAUAGGAAAAAGACUUCUUGAUAAAAUGCCUGAAAAUUUUCGAAAUGAUAAUGUUAUAUUAGCUUCAGCAAUACAUAUGUUAAUGAAAUUUGGUGAUAUUCAAAGUGCUGAAAAUCUUUUUCAAUCAAUAAAAAAGAAAGACACUAACAUAUUUGGUGCUUUAAUGAAUGGUUACAAUAUGAAUGGUUUAUCAAAGAAAUGUUUUAAGAUCUUAGAAGAAAUGCUUGAAGAAAAUAUUUCCCCCAAUGAGAUCAUAUGGAGUAUAGUUAUCGGUGCAAAUUCACAAUUUCGUUUGCUUUCUCGUGGUCAAUAUAUUAUUGAUCGAAUUCCUCCUGAAAUUCAGAAUAAAAAACCAAUACAAAAUUCGUUAAUUCGUAUGUGGGGUAAAUGUGGUUCAAUUGAAAAAGCACAAAAUGUAUUUGAAUCAGUUGUUGAUCAUGAUACAAUGACAUAUACUGCAAUGAUUAAUGCAUUCGGUCUUAAUGGAAUGGGUUUUGAAGCUAUUCAAUUAUAUAGAAAAAUGCCGAAUAAUCUACAUAAUGAAAUUUCACAUAUUUGUGUUUUAAAUGCAUGUUCUCAUUCGGGUCUUGUUCAAGAAGCUUGGAGUCUUUUUAAUGAUAUUCCUUUAAAAACAGAGAAAAUUUAUACUACUAUGGUUGAUUGUUUAAGUCGUUUAUUUCUAUUUGAUGAAGCACAAAAUUUAAUAAAUGAAUAUGAAAAAACAAAUAAACCAAGUUUAGUCAUGUAUACAUCGUUAUUAUCCGGUGCACGGAAUAAUCGAAAUCGCAAUUUAUCUGGGAACAUAUAUAAUCGAAUGAAAUUUUUGUUUCCUAAUGAAAAGCAAGAUCUUGUGUCAGGAGUAAUUCUUGUUUCAAAUAUAUAUUCGUCGAUGGGAGAACAUGAACUAGCAAAAACUUUUCGAUAUAAUCAAAUAAAAGAAUUAGGAGCGAAGGUCAAACUAGGAUUAACAUGGACGGAAGAAUUCACAGCUCAUGAUCAUUCUCAUCCAAAAUCAUCAAAAAUUUUUUCUGAACUUGAACGUUUAACAUCCGAAGCGAUUGUACAUGGUUAUGAGUGUGAUCCUUCAUGGGUAACUCGUCAAUUAAAAGAAGGAGAAACAAAUUUAUCUGUUCUAUGUGGUCACAGUGAAAGAAUCGCAAUUGCUUAUAAUUUCGUUGAAGAACCAGAUACAAAAUUUAUUCAAGUAACUAAAAAUCUUCGUGUAUGUGGUGAUUGUCACCAACUGACAAAAAUAAUAGCAAAAAUUCGACAAUGUCAUAUUAUUGUUAAUGAUGCUAACCGCAUACAUCAUUUUAAUCCAAAUGGACAAUGUUCGUGCCAAGAUCAUUUUUGA